GUAGAAAGGCAGUUUUCUGCACAUUUUAGUGACUUUUAUAAUUUCCAGCUGGAUUUUUACAGCAUUAUAAAUCAAUAUUAGUAAAAUGACUGCUCCUCGGAACGACGAACCAACUCCGGAAAUCGCCCAGUUCAUCCACGAUGUUCGAUUAAGGAAAAUCGUCGGCUCGCACAAUUUGACGUCUAAAACAUUAACCCUUUUGAAGAAUUUCACUUCUAAAUCCGUAUGGAGCAAUGCAGAGCAAUUGAUGUCGCAGAUCCGCAGCCAAGGUCGGUUUCUAGUGGCUGCUUUGCCACAGGAUAUCGUGAUUGCCAAUACGGUGCGCCGAUUUUUAAAAAUUGUGCGGGAGGAGUACGACUCCGCGCAGCUCCGGGUUCAUUACGACGAUGCUCAGACGUCGCUCUCGCUGCAUAAAUUGGUGACACAAACCAGCGAACAGAAGCGGUGGGAUUAUUCGCAACCACAGGAAGGACUGAAGGAUGCAGUUUUGGAACAUUUGGGCGAAAUAGAGUCGGAGUUGGAAACGUGUUCGGAUAAUCUUUCGUCACAAGCAACGGAGCACAUACAUUCGGCGGAGCUAAUUAUGACAAUCGGUCACUCAAGGACCGUUGAAAAAUUCCUGAAAAAGGCUGCUGAAAAGCGAACCAUAGAAGUGAUUGUUGCGGAAUGUGCUCCUGCUUGUAAAGGACACCAGCUGGCGGUUAAUUUGGGAAAAGCCAAAAUUCAGACGACAGUUAUUUCGGAUUCGGCGAUAUUUGCAAUGAUGUCCCGCGUUAAUAAGGUGAUCAUCGGAACGCACAGCGUCCUGGCGAACGGUGGAUUGCGAGCCAUUUGCGGAGCAUAUUCGUUGGCUUUGGCAGCGAAGCACUAUUCGGUGCCUGUAAUAGUGCUUGCGCCGACUUAUAAGCUGACGCCAGUACACCUAUCGAAUUACGAUCAGGACGAUUUUAAUAUUCUGGGUAAUACGGAAGCCGUUAUUCCGUACAAUUCACCGGCAGCGCGGUUUGCUAAGGCGUACAAUCCCGUGUUCGAUUAUGUGCCGCCCGAGCUGGUGACGCUUUUUAUUACAAACACCGGUGGAAAUGCUCCGUCCUAUGUCUACCGUUUGCUGAGCGAGUUGUACCACCCUGACGAUAACGAGAUGUAAGUUCAAUUCAUCAAUAAAUUAAAUUACCGGAAAACGAAAAUAGGAAGUUUAUUAAUAAAUUAUAUU